CGGCUAGAUCUAUACUAUUUAAUAUCUAUAUUGUUACGCUAUCUUACGAAUCCUUUUACUAACUAUAUAAGCGCUAUAAAACACGCGUUACGUUACCUAAAAGGUACGCCUAACUUAGGAAUUAUAUAUAAGAUAGGUAAAGGAGCGUUAGAAGGACUGUAUAGAUAUAGCGAUUUAGACUACACUAGUUAUAUAGAAACGUAA